CUGUCGUGGAACGACUGAUGGGUUGCUGCGGAAGCAAGCCGCCGGUGGACAAGGACGACCAAGAUGUAUACAGAGAACACCAUCAAGAGUACCUAUACAAAGAGCGAGAGCCGUCCGUGAACACAAAACGACAGCUCGCCGCCGAAGCAGCCGAACGCCGCGAACAAGACUUUCGACAAGGGGGGGGCGGCGAAUUGAGCAAGACGAAAGCAUUGGCUUUGCGACGUGAAAAGGACGAGCUCGUUGGCAAGAUCAUGGAAUUGUACGUGUCGCUGAAAGAAGACCCACCGAUUGGGCUGAACGCUUGCGACGUGAACCAGCUCAAGGAACAUUUGGCAAGGCUCAAGAAGAAGAAGGAAGGACGACGAAAGGGGUCUGUUUAAGCCAGCUUGAGCUUGCUUUUCUACAACAAAGACAACAUGCCUGGUAAUACUGCAAAUCGUGAAUUUUUAAUCAAUGCUUUGGUAACUACGCGUGCGCUGUCUGCGAACUUUGCGAAUAAGAUACAGUGCCGCCAUCAGCACCAGUCCAAACACGGUGGCCACGACGAAGACGUCGGUGCUUGGAAGGGAAAAGUGCCUGUUGCCUGAAGCAUCAAGCUCAAGGGGCUUCCCCUCCUUGCGAUGUGGAUUGUCGACGUGUUCUCGUAGUCUAUCGUUGCGUCGAAUCUCACGAUCAUCGUAAUCUCCCUGCCGACGUCCGUGGCGAUGACCCGGCAGGUGUUCUCUGCCCACGCCAUCGAUACGCUCACUGUUGUGUUGACCUUCGCCCUGUACGUCAUUGCCUUUGUAUUCGUCGACGAUUUCGUGCUCUUGCUCAUAAAGUGAUUUCUUCUUGACGUGCUUUUCCGCGUUGGCGCGGGCAGCGUACUGUGCACUUUCUUCAUGGUCCUUCUUCACGCGCCGUUCGAGCCGCAGCAAGCGAUCUUCUAUAGCCUGGAUGUCUUCUUCCUUUAUACGGCGGAGGCCUCCACGGCUACUUGCCGUUGCGUCCGCCAUGCUUGUCGAAUUCGAAAUGGGUCGAUGAGGGACUCUCGACGUUGACGAGGGCCGGCCAUUUUGGUGCGGAACCGAAAGUGGACUCCAUUUUCGAGAGACUGCUCCCACCAGAAACUGU